AUGCUCAGACUAUCCAGAGGGCGGCUGUGCGGGCUGAAUCAGCUACUUCCCUGCUAUCUGAGUGGCAGCCGUCAGCUUAGGUACUACUCAACCAAAGAUGAGAAAGCAAGCGAUUCGACUGAGGAUGAUGGUAUAUCGUCCCCUCAACCGUCAAAGGCUGCUCAGCCCUGGUACGUGACUAUGAUAGACAGGAAUGAGACAGUCCGGGAUUCUGUUUUCCAAGCGCAGAAGGUCGAAUUUCCAAAUGGCAGCCCAGAAUCGCUACGUAAGAUAACAAACCGUUUGAAAGACCAUUUGGGCGUAACCGAUAUUCUGGUAUUUGAUCUACGUGAUGCAGACAGGGGCAAUUAUACAACGGCGGUGGCUAAAGUUAGCGAUUUUAUGGUCAUCGGUACGGCCAAAUCGGCCAAGCAUUGUCAGAGAUGCUUUAUGGAGUUGAAUGGGUUCAUCAAGCGAGAGUACGGUUCAGUAGCAUAUGUUGAGGGGGAUGUAAAUGGCCGUGAUGAGAAGCGACGCCACAAGAGGCUUGCUAGGAAGACAAAUCUGAGUAAAAACUGGGGUUCAAAUUCAUCUGCACUCUCAGGUGGAUUCCAAAGCAACUCAGAGGCAUGGUUUAUGAUUGACUGUCAUGUAGACAACAUCUUUCUGAACAUCCUAACGGAACAGAGGCGGGAGGAGCUGAGUUUGGAAGAGCUUUACGCUCCCGAGAAUGAAAGAUACAAAUAUAAGCGCUCAGAGGAGAAGGUACCACAGGAAGAAACGCUGGAACUGCAAGACGACAAUAACAUUUUGGCAGGACUCAAAAGGCUGGCGUAUCAAAGAAGACAAUACUCUACUGUACCCGUAGCCACCGCAAUUAGUGGCAAACUCAGUGGUUUUUUAGAAGCUCAAGAUUUCAAUAAUGCAUCUUCCUUCAUCGAUGAACACAAGCAUGAACAUUCAUUAACGUUGUUACAAACAAUAGCAAAGUCAUUCGCCACACACAAGGUUCCAGUGGUUGACACUACAAAACUCCGAGAAUGGCACACUCUUUUUGACCAGUGCUGGCCAUUAGUACUUGACGCCGAGACUGCCUCCCUGCAUUGGUCUACGAGACUCAGAUUUCUCAAGAUGCUGAACGUGGCCAACCGAAAUUUCUAUCCAGUCAGAAUGUUCAUAAACGAUUAUUUGCUGCUGAAAAGGUCGACGGGAUUUCCCUUAGUUCGUGACGAUUUGUUGCAGUUUCUACAAAUGGUAACAAUAAACCUGAGCUUGAACCCCAAAGCUGACUAUUGGGACCUAGUAAAAGCCAAUGGCGACGUCGUGCAAGCGCUCAAGCUUUUUGAUGAGCUGAAUGGUGACAGUCUACUGCACGAUGAGCUAGUGAUGACUCUGCUUCUCAGGACUAUGGUUUUGAAUGACGACAAGAGAACACGACUACACUCGCUGUACGAACUAGUCGACUAUGUGAUGCAUAAACGCGCAGUCAGUCCUGCAAUCAUGGCCAGCGUGCUAGAAAUUCUAGGCGGCAUUCGAGACUGGAACAAGUUUUUCCAAUUUUGGGAGCUGGGUGCCGACGACUUCCUGCCCGGAGAGGACGACCGACCAUGGUACGAAUUCCUGAGAAUCGUGGUGAACUCUAAUGACCUGAACCUGAUGAAUAAGCUUGUCAACGAGGGACACCUACUGUGGUUGAAAAGGAACGAAGUGGAGUUAACGCAGGACAUCGAGUCUCAACUGAACAAGCUUUUCAUCAAAGUAGACCCACAGGGCGUAACGUUACAAAGUUUGAAAAACUAUUUAUACUAA